UUCUGCACCAAGAUCACCGCCCAUUCUUUCUUGAUUCCCUCCUUACCACCGCCGCUCCCAAGACGCUGACUGCCGCAUUCCGCGACACUAACAUCCUCACUCUCUGAAACCGUCGCCUGCGCGGCCCUGAGGUUUUUCCGCUGUCAUCGUACACUGCCUCGUCGCCUGCCCUACGUGGUGUUUUUUUCUGCACUCUUUGUGAUUGCGCAUCCCAAUUGUCGUCAACAUGUCGAGCAAUGGCACUGCCAACUCCUCAGCGACACCCGCACCCGCACCCUCGUCGCCAGCCCAAUCUAACCCGCCGUCUUCAGCGGACCCGCCGUCCUCGCAAGCACCUGCUCCCUCGUCGGCGGCACCCGUAAGCACACCACCGCCAGCCGCCUCGUCGAACCCGCCGCCAGCGUCCUCGGCAGCGCCAGCCUCCAGUGCUGCACCACCACCAGCAUCGUCAGCAGCAGCAGCACCGCCUUCGAGCACUCCACCGCCCGUUGCGACGUCUGUCGUGACGGCCUCCUCGGCACCACCCUCGGCCACUGAAGUCCGGACAUCCCUGAUCCUCAUCACCCAAACGCCCACCGCCGCCGGAGAGACACCAUCCGUCGUCACUGUCAUUUCUACCAUCACUCCAUCUGCCGCACCGACACAAAGCGGCAAGACUGCUGGCGCUAGCAGCACCCCAUCGAGCAGUGACGCCGCUGGACUCCAAGGCGCCCAGAAAGAUGGCUCCAACGGACUGAGCACCGGCGGCAAGACUGCCAUCGCUGUUGUCAUCCCCAUCGUCGCUGUCGCACUUCUUGCCAUUGCUGCCAUCCUGUUCUGGCGGAGACGCAAGCAACGCAAGAACAACGAGGACGAGCGAAGGAAAGAGGUGGAGGAGUACGGAUACAACCCCAACCACGACCCAACACUGCCUGCUGUCGGCGUCGGCGGCGCUGAGAUGGCUGAGGACUCGAGCGGCUACCGGGGAUGGGGCAACACCGCGACCAGCUCUGGCCGCAAGGCUUCCACCACCCUCACCAGCGGCAUGACGUACUCAGACAGCAACAGUAACCCUGGUGGUUACAUCAGCCCCAACUCGCCCACCAACGCCUACUCUGACGUCAACUCCAAUGACCCGCUCGUCAACGGCCGCCGCGAGACACUGGACGCUGACGGCAUUGCUGCACUCGGUGCGGCACCCUCUGCCAACAACCAACAAGGAGGCGUGCACCGUGGCCCAUCAAAUGCAUCGUCAUCCUACUCUGCAGCCAACCACUCCGACAACUCAGGCGAGUAUCCCGGCAUGUCCAACGGCAACCCGCAGGAGUACUACGAGCAAGGCUACGGCAGCUACCAAGACGGGCCAUAUGGUGGCGGUGCUGGUGGACAACCAGUGAUACGCGAUGUCUCAGCACGACGAAACACAAGGAUCGAGAACCCCUCUGUGUACCCACAAGGGAAUAGCGGCGUCGCCACCAAUUUCUAA